AUGCCUCCACAAAACUCGAUUGAGCUGACGACCAAACCGGAAGCGGAAAAUGGUGCUUCGGGAAAGCUGCUACCCGCCAACGGUAACGGUGAAACGAUUAGGGUCAGAGAGGAUCCUCCGACUACGACGCUGAUUGUGCCCCCGGACGGUGGCUGGGGCUGGCUGGUGAUGGUGGCGUCCUUCUUCUGCAACGUGAUCGUCGACGGUAUCGUCAUGAACGUGGGCAGCUUUCUGGGACCGAUCCGGGACGAGUUUGGCGUGAGUGAGGCGGAAGUGGCCCUAGUCAGUUCGUUGCUGAGCGGCUUCUAUCUGUUGACCGGACCAUUCGUCAGCGCCUUGGCCAACCGAUGGGGUUUCCGGAUCGUUACGAUCAUCGGCUCGUUGGUGGCCGCUCUGGGCUUUUUCGUAUCACAAUAUGCCACCAACAUCGUGUUCCUGUACGUGUCAUUUGGGUUUGUGGGAGGCGUCGGAUUCUGCUUCAUCUACGUUCCAUCUGUCAUCACGGUGGGGUACUACUUUGAAAAGUGGCGUGCAGUUGCUACGGGUAUCGCUCUUUGCGGAUCAGGAGUAGGUACGUUCAUCUUCUCACCUUUAAACGCAAAGCUUAUCGAAUCACUCGGCUGGAGAAACGCGCUUGUGGCCCAGGCGGCCAUUAUACUGCUGUGCAUCGCAUGUGGCGCCAUCUUCCGUCCGAUCCAGCCAACCGAGGUAACUGCGACCAAGAACGAUGACACACCCGCCGACAAAGGUAUUCUGUUGGGUGAGGGUCUACCCGUUGUCUAUACGAGACCACUGCCUGAGGGCCGAUAUGCUUACUCGAUGCCAAACAGCUCUCACAACACCUGGAUGGGGGCGAACCCGAAUUAUCAGUACCCAACGGCGGCUGAGAUCUUCCGACAGGGCAGUGGACAUAAUCUGGACCGUCGGCCAUCCCACACCUCUGGUCAGCUGGUGAGCCAUAACCUCCAGAGCACGACCAAGAAGCUGGAGAAGAUUCAGAAGCGACUUGCCGGUCAAAUGACGCCAGAUGACACGAUUCACGCGCACGCCUUCGCGACGGCCCAUCACGAGCUCAACCCUGUUGGAGAGGCUGAUGAAGAAGAAACGGAGAACGGAACACUGUUAACGGCACCGGAACAGCAGGUUGCUACCGUGACAACCGCAUCGACUCGUCGACACACCGUCUCCGGACGUCGUCCUAACGAACCGGCCAGUUCCAGACACGGCUCAAGACGGACGCUGAACGACGGAUCUCGCCCUAUGUACCGUGACGACAUCUUCUUCACCGGCUCGCUCGCUCGGAUUCCGCAGUACAAAUCGCAGACCUCUCUUGGCUACCACAUGUCUGUCACUCGACUUCCAACACAGGCGGACGUCGAGGAAACGGAAACGGAACAAUGCAUGGUUUGUCCGGAAGCUGUACGCCGUACGUUGGCCACUAUGCUGGACAUGUCACUGCUGAAGUCGCCCUCGUUCAUGAUGUUGGCCUUCAGCGGGUUCCUCACGAUGAUGGGUUUCUUCGUGCCGUUCCUGUACGUCAAGCAGCGCGCCGUGGCUGGCGGCAUGGAGGAUGAGGUGUCCACUUUCAUUGUGUCGGCUAUCGGUAUCUCCAAUACUAUCGCUAGGGUUGUCUGUGGCCUGCUGACGUCCAUUAAGAACGUGAACGCGCUUCAUCUCAACAACGUCGCCAUCACACUCGGUGGUAUCGCGACGAUGGUCAGUGGAAUCUACGUAACCGAGGCCUAUCAGUUCACGUAUGCUGGCAUCUUCGGUAUCGCUAUCGCUUGUUUCUCUGCACUUCGUUCGAUCCUGGUGGUGGAUUUGAUGGGCCUGGAGAAGCUCACCAAUGCCUUCGGCAUUCUAUGCUUGUUCCAGGGUAUCGCCGCUUUCCUUGGUGCUCCAAUUGCUGGAUACUUCACGGAGCUCACCGGUACUUAUGAUGCUUCCUUCUACAUCUCGGGUGCUCUUAUCACGCUGUCGGCUGUUCUCUGUUACCCACUCUCCAUGGUCAAUCGGUGGGAGAAGCAACGUGCAGCCAAGAAAGAAUCGCAGACGGUUUAA